UAUCGUCACUUUUCAGUGAUUCCGACUUCCCUCUCAAGAAAACAAAAAGAUUGACUCGAGAUCACGUCCACGAUCUCCUCCCCCACGAUCUCUGCCCCACGAUCUAUCAUUUCCUUCCAUCAAGGUACCCUUAACCUUACCGUCAAGCGCCGGGUACAACAUGGGCCAGACCAACUCCGAGCAGGCGCCGGUUGUCGGCCGUGCUCACGUCAACAAUGGCGCUUCCAAAGGCAGAGAAGACUUGGAACCUGCUUUCCGUAACAAUCACACCGGCCGUCGUAAGCAGUACAAGUCUAAAGACGGUUACCAUCUCGUAGUCCACGGCGGCGCCGACAGAAACGCCGGAAUCAAGACCGAGCCCGCACCUGAUCAGCGCGAGACCUUCGAUGAGGCCCGCAGAGGCAAGGCCACUGAGAUCCAAAGUCUCCCACAGAACAGAAAGAGAGCCGCCAGCUGGGACAACAACCACCAAAUCUCGGCCAAGACCAACAACAAGAAGGGCUGCCCUGUUUGCCGUGAGUGUGGUGGCUUUCACAGAUCGGCUUGCAAAUGGCUCGUGUGUAAGAAGUGUUCCGUCAAGCACCACCCCGAGGUACCCUGCAAAGAGGCCGAGGCUCGACUCAAGAGACGUCUGGAAGAAGAGGAAAGCAAGCAGGCCCAGCGCUUCUUGGAAGAGGAGGACAGAAUGCGCGCCCGCCCCAGCGCUUCUCGGAACAAGAAAGCCAACGUUGCAAAGAAGUGGUCUUAUGCUGCCCUGGGACCCUCCCCUCUGAAGCAGGUUGAGCAGACCGAUUACAACGACCCUACCAGCUCGGCUGCACCUCUGCCCAUCGCAGCUCCCAUCUUCCAGCCCAUCGCAGCUCCCGUUGUUCAGCCAGCCUCAAACUUCCCCUUUGCUGGAGAUAUAUCCUGGUUCAUCGAUUCCAACAACAUCAUCCGCUUCGGCUCUGCUCCUCCCCCUCCCAUGCCACAGCAGCAGAAUGGCCAGGUCUACCCUCCUGCCCCCAAGCCGAUGAAGAUGGCAGGUCCCGGUAUCACACAGUCCGAGCUGGUAUCCAUCCUGAGCAGAGUCGGCUCGUCGCCUUACCCAUCCGCCGUCAAGUUGUAUCUCGAGGAGAACAUUGAUGCGCUCUUGGAGGAGGCUGAGAUCAACGCACGCGCCAAUCGUGCCGUCGUUGUCGAGCGCGAGGAUGGUGAGAAUGGAGAGCCACCUUCAUACUUUGAGUGGCGCCGUCGCGGUGGAAGACAGUAGUAUCCUCGCCCGCACGUACAAGUUACAACGAGAUACAAGCGAGCAAGAUGGGACAAGGUCACGCAGCGGUUCCCAAUCAAUGUAAAAUAGAAUUAGCAUAGCAAACCAAGAAAUCAAG